AUGAACCAGCGCUCUUCCGAAUUGGAGAUUGUGAUCAGUGAGACACAACGCGUGAAAGAAUUGGAACGUGAGGUUGAUCGUUGGAUCAAUAAAACCGAGGCUGAGCUGGAUGUGAUUGAUCAUACACGGGAAACGAAAGCGGACAGUGCUGUACGAUCUCCUAGACGAUUUGUGCAAGGUCUGGAUGCGAAUCGAAGAAAACGUUUGCAGGAUUUGUCCGAAUGUCUUUCCGGUCCGGCCAAAGAAGCUUGGGCACAGUAUCGAAGAGAUGCAGAGGCUUUGAUGAAACAAUUCAAACAAGAGGAUACGAGUAAACUGCAGUCGGAUGUGGAUACAGUGGAAAAGCGUUGGAAAGAUUUACACGAAAGAUUGGCCCUGAUGAACCAGUGGCUCGCUUCUCACGCAGACGGGCAUGCAGACACUCUCGGUCCGGACACGGACCGUAUUGUGCUGACAAAACAUCGACGAACUCCCAGUCUGGAACACGCAUCGCGAGCUGGUUUGACCGAACGUCUGGAGCAAGUUGAACGCCGAUUGAAUCAACUAGGCAUGCUCGAUGCCGAACUGCAACGUCAAGUGUCCGUAAUGAAUGAGAACAUGGCGCUCAACGAACGUCGUGGUCAAAUCGUGACAGAGCUGCAGAUGUUACAAAAUGAACUGAACACACUAUCAACUCAAAUGGGUGGUGGCACAAGACCAUCAAACAACGAUUUGACCUCCCUCGCGGAUAGUGAAUUGCACCAACGUUACCGACAGCUGCGAGACAGAGUAACUUCGUUUCGACAAUCCGUUCAGACUGCAACCCCGACGCAUUUUUUGUCUCGGCUGAAACAACUCAACAGUUGGGUCUCACAUCGCGAUGCCGCGUUUCGUGCGAUCAUUUGCCCCCUACACGGUGAUCUGUUGUUCAUUAUGAAAAUGCGUGAACUCAUGCUG